UAAUUAUUGCCCAAGGGCACACCUGGCGCCAGGCGGGUCUGAGGCACCAAUGCGGGCCCAGACCUCCACCACCGUCCGGUACAGCGAGGCGCAGACUCGGAACCAAAACGCAAAAGGCAGAAGGAAGAAGUCGGGGCGGACGCUGGGCGGGGCGGCAAGGAGAACAGGGCGGUUAGCAUCCGCAGGGGCACACCGCCGCUCCGGGCAGGGCUGGGGAGAGCCACCGCCCGGGAGUCCAGAGCGAGCGGUGGUUGGGGCAGCCUCCAUGGCGCGCCCCGAAACUCCGACGCCGAGCUCGCCACCUCGAGUCUCGCUGCACUGAAGGAUUCCAGCAGUGCCAACCCGAGCCGGUUACUUAGGACUCAGAACGUUAAGAAGCUAGAGCACUCGGCAGUAAGCGCCAUCCCGGGAGCAGGACGCGCAGCAACCGGGCGCAGGGAGGACGACAUCCAGCCUCCAGGAGCCCCGCACGUACAGACGGCGGCCGGCCGCGGCGCCUGGGCUGCGCGGCCGCAAAGGAGCUCCGGCGUGUCGUAAAAGGGCCGCACGGGAGCACAGCUCUGGCAGACGGCUGGGGCCCCAUUUUGGACGCCGUCUCUGCUGCGAAGAGCUGGCAGAACCUGUUGCUCAUCACGGCGAGCUCGCUGUCAGCCGGCCGGCCUCUCGGCGGCGGUGACCGGGCCGCAGGGGCGGGGGCGGCGCGAUGCGGCCCGCGGACGCGGACGAGCGGCGAGGGCCCGAGCAGCCUUGCGGCCGCCCCCUGCACCCCACGCGCGCCACCGCCCGCCGGGACGUCGCCGCCCUCGAGCGCGAGCACGUGCGCGCGCACCUGCGGGCCCGCCGGAAGCUGCUGGAGGUCGCGAGCCUGCUGGACGAGCUUCAGAGCGAGGUGGACGCCUCAGCCGAGGGCGUCCUGGGUCCCGGCCGCCGCGCGGGCGGCGAGGCGGAGGAGCGGGUGCUGAAGCUGUGCGAGAAGGCGGAGAGGAAGGCCGCCGAGGCCGCGCUGAUGGGCCGGAGGAUCGUGGAGCUCCACCGGCAGAUAGAGAGCUGCGGGUGCUCCUGAAGGACGCGGGGGCGGAGGCUUGCGGUCAGAGUUCUGCAAGACAGAAGACACUGCCUGGCUGCAGCUGCUGAAGCAAGAACCCAGACUAGUCAAGGAUGUGGAUGCCGCUGCUUUGGAUCAGAUUGAGAAGCCCCUGGGGGGCUGUUGGGCAUGGAGAGGGGUGGCGGCUGCAUUUUGGAAUUUUGCAGUCUCAGAUCAGAGGAGGAGAGCUGUGUUCUUUUUAUUUUCUUUGUUUGCUUGUUUUUUGUUUUGUUUUUUUUUUUUUUUUGGUCUUUUUUCAGAAAUGUAAUUUUUCUGUGGCAUGUUAACUGGUGCACAUCAUGUAACCUGUCUGGUGAGUAACCUAGAAUAGGGGAUGAGUUCUAGGUACUCUGAGUAUUGGCUGACUUUGGGGUAAACUUUUUGAUGUAAUCAUGCAUUUCAGGAGCUUCUUUGCCACAACUGCACGUGACACUGCAUGGCCUGGAGGGUUUAGGGAGGAGAGUGUGGAUCUGACCGAGUCAGGCCCCAAAAUGAUAGCAGGAAGCAUCUUCCAGGCUGAGAUGAUAUCCACCCUAGGUCCUCAGAGCAGACCUCACAGAGGUUGAGAGCAGAGCUCUAGCUCUAGCUCCCUUUGAUAAAGCUCGCUUGCCUGGAAAAACAAAUGCUGAAAGACAGUUUUUAGAACCUUUGUGCAAAUAAGCAAAGCCAUUGAUUUGGCCAGGAAAAGGUGAGAUAGAUAAAUUCUUUUCAGAAUGAAA